UCAAACUUUCAAGAUUCAUCCUUUUACCCAUCUCUCUCUCUGUCUCUCUCUCUGUCUCUCGCUCUCUCGCUCUCGUCAUAUACGUACAAAUCCCUAUCUCUCUCCACACCCACAUCAAUCUCUCCGCCAUGGAAGAAACCCCACCCCAAUUUCCACCAACCCCAUCAUCAUCAGAGCUCAAUAUCCCCUCAACAAUGUCAUCAAGACCCAAUCUUUCCAUCACCCCCACUACCCCAAAUCUCCUCUCUCUAGGUUACCAACCCUCCCCAUCUCGCACAAUCAUCAGUGAUCGCUUUAUUCCCAGUAGAUCUUCUUCCAAUUUUAAUCUCUUCAAUAUCUCUCCCCCUAAUAAUUCCGAUGACCCUCUUUCUUCUUCUUCUGCCGCUUAUACUACCCUUCUUAGGACGGCAUUGUUCGGCCCUGAUUCCGGCUUUACGCCGCCGGUUACGCCUGAUAAGUCUGUCGGCGGGAGGAAUUUUCCGGUGGUCUCGCCCUCGAGGAAUAUUUUUAGGUUUAAGAGUGAGACUAGACAGUCUUUGCAUUCUUUGUUGCCUUUUGAGACUGAUGAUAACUUGCCUGGUGUUAGUCAUAGUCCGGUUAAGGCGGCCCGGAAGGUUCCUAGAUCCCCUUAUAAGGUACUGGAUGCACCUGCAUUACAAGAUGAUUUUUACCUAAAUCUUGUCGAUUGGUCAUCACAUAAUAUAUUGGCCGUCGGGCUGGGUAAUUGUGUGUACCUAUGGAAUGCUUGUAGUAGUAAGGUGACGAAGUUGUGCGACUUGGGUACUGAUGACAGUGUAUGUUCAGUUGGGUGGGCUCAGCGUGGUACUCAUCUUGCAGUCGGAACAAGUAAUGGAAAAGUCCAGAUUUGGGAUGCCUCUCGGUGUAAAAGGAUAAGAACUAUGGAGGGACAUCGGCUGCGUGUUGGGACCCUAGCCUGGAGUACAUCUCAACUAUCUUCUGGAAGUAGGGACAAAAGUAUUCUUCAACGUGAUAUACGUGCUCAGGAGAACUAUGUUAGUAAACUGAGCGGACACAAGUCUGAGGUUUGUGGGUUGAAGUGGUCCUACGAUAACCGUGAAUUAGCAUCUGGAGGAAAUGAUAACAGACUUUAUGUGUGGAAUCAGCAUUCAACUCAACCUGUACUGAAAUACUGCGAGCAUACAGCGGCUGUGAAAGCAAUUGCAUGGUCACCCCAUCUUCAUGGACUUUUAGCUUCAGGCGGUGGUACUGCUGAUCGGUGCAUCCGUUUUUGGAACACUACCACUAAUUCCCACUUGAGCUGCAUGGAUACUGGAAGUCAGGUGUGCAAUUUAGUUUGGUCAAAAAAUGUCAACGAACUUGUCAGCACACAUGGAUAUUCCCAGAACCAGAUAAUAGUUUGGAGAUAUCCAACAAUGUCGAAGUUAGCAACCCUUACCGGUCACACAUUUAGAGUUCUUUAUCUUGCCAUUUCUCCAGACGGGCAGACUAUUGUAACUGGAGCAGGAGAUGAAACACUGCGGUUUUGGAAUGUUUUUCCUUCCCCGAAAUCCCAGAACACAGAAAGCGAAAUUGGAGCAUCAUUUCUGGGAAGAACGCAAAUCCGGUAACUGCUGCAUGCUUCGAAGUAGGGAGCUAUUGGAAGUUCCUUUGGACGUGCAUACAAAUAUCAGUAAGAUGUUUGGUAAACUUUAACCAAACAAUGAAGAUUAAAAGCAUCUGCGGGAGGCUUAGAAGCAAACCAAUAUGCAACUGGAAGUGAUGGAUAUAUACUGCAAAUAUAUAACUUAAGUGCCAUCUUUCCUUUAAGCAUGAUAUACGAAUAUGUAUAGAGAGAACCUGGGAGGCGUUAUUUAUUCUCGAUAGCUUCUUCCCUAACAAAGUCUUAUUGCAUCUCACUGCACAGACUAACAAAACUUUGCUGUAGUAUUUCCCAAGUUAGUUUGUAGCAAAGCCUUGGAGGGCACACGUCUCUGAAGCUUGUAAUAAAAGUCUGGAGUCUUUUAAGCUUAU